GGCCCUGCCUAGGCGGAGGGCUGGUCAGUGUCAGUUCAAAUGAACUUCCUGCCAGGCCAGGCUCCGUUGCCGGCCCCGUGAACGCCAGGCUGCUCUGGCCGGCACAGCACCUCCCUGGAGAUCCGCAUGCACACGCCUUGGGGGAGGGCUGUUCUCAGACGUUAUCCCGCCCCUUACAUGCUUCCCCCACGGUGGCCUGUCUGUGCUUUCCGUUUUCCUUUGUAAAGCAGGGUGAAAUGCUGGUCAAGAUCUUGAUGUGCAAUAUUUCUCAUGAUGAAGAGCCGGAUUCCUCUUAUUCUCCUUGCCUGUGGCUCCUUUAACCCCAUCACAAACAUGCACAUGCGUUUAUUUGAGCUGGCUAGAGAUCACCUUCAUCAAACAGGAAGGUACCGGGUGAUUGAAGGUAUCAUUUCUCCGGUCAGCGAUAACUAUGGAAAGAAAGGCUUGGUUUCAGCAAGGCACCGAAUAGCUAUGGCUCAGCUUGCACUGGAGACAUCAGACUGGAUUAGAGUGGAUCCAUGGGAGAGUGAACAGCAGAAGUGGACUGAGACUGUAAAGGUACUAAGGCACCAUUAUAAUGAGUCGCUCAGAUCGCUCCAUUUCAGGAAGGAACACAUGAGAAACAAUUGGCCCACAGAAAGAGCUACUGAGGAUUUCCUUUCUUCAUUGGACCCAGUUUCCCCAGAGUUAAAGCUGCUUUGCGGAGCUGACAUUCUGAAGACAUUUAGUACACCUAAUCUCUGGAAGGAGGAACAUAUUAAAGAAAUAGUAGAAAAGUUUGGUUUGGUGUGUAUUAGCCGUGCUGGCUCUGACCCUGUUCAGUACAUCAGUGAAUCAGAACUUCUAACUCGAUUCCAGCACAAUAUCCACCUGGUCACAGAAUGGAUUCAGAAUGAAAUCAGUGCCACGCAUAUACGACAUGCUCUGUGCAAAGGACUAAGUGUGAAGUAUCUCAUUCCAGAUUCUGUCAUUUCCUAUAUUAAGGACUAUAAUAUCUACACAGAAGAGAGAGAGGGAGAAAAAUAAAGGGGAUUUAACUUCAGUCUAUGAAAGUACACAACACAACAAUAAACACACUAAAUGAUUGAUGUCUGUAUUCCACCAAAUGGGGAGAACACAAUGGCAUUUAUUUUUGGAAAAUCCCUGCAAAGCACAAUCUUUGUGUAUGGAGGAAAGUGAAGAAGGUUGUGGGGAGCUGCAACUAGCUAUACUUCUGAAAGUUUGUAGACUAAUUCAGAAAAGUUUUUGUAUUACUACUGAGUUCAUGCUUUCCUAAGCUGUUAUGUGCAAAAGGCUAUCGGUUUUAAGAUCUCCACUAAGAGUUAAUUUACAUUACAUUUCUUCUGUUUUUAACACAAAUAUUAAAAUCUUUAGUAAUUUUUGAGGGAUUCUUGUGGUGACUUAAAUGAUCUCAGUGGCUGUAGUUAGUGCUUUCCUGUAUUAUAAUCUUCUAAAACCAGAACUGUUUCACUUUGAACGUGUCUUGGCCAUUCGCAGGCAGUAAGAAUAAAAUUGUCAUACUUCUUUCUCAGGAAUAUUUUCAAUAAACUGCUAAAAUGUA